AUGGCUUCUAUCGAGACGAUUCCGAUCAUAAUUGACAACAAACCACUUCAGCCAAUUGAAUCGACCAUUGCUACAACAUAUUCGACUUAUCUAAAGUCAGAAUAUGUAAAAUACGUCAGCGCGAGCGUGAAUGAUGCGGUAACGGCUGCAGAUUCGUCCCAAGUUGCAUUUCGAUCCUGGUCUCAAUCCUUGCCACGUGUUCGACGAGAGAUCUUCCAGAAGACAGCCGGCCUACUACGCGAACAUGCAGCGGAACUGGCAAAGAUUCAAGUGGAGGAAACAAAUUGCCCUGAGUGCUGGGCCGCGAUUAACAUUCAUUGGGCUGCUCUGCAUCUAGAAGAGAUGUGUGGAAGAAUUACAUCUGUCCUCACUGGCCAGAUCCCAGUCGUGCAGACGCCAGGUCAGAUGGGCUUUGUGUACAAACGACCGGUUGGACCGGUUUUAAGUAUUCCACCAUGGAAUGCUUCUGUCUUUCUUGCUUGUCGAGCAAUUGAUACUCCUCUCGCUGUGGGCUGCACCGUGGUGCUCAAAGCUUCCGAACAGUCGCCUCGUAGCCAUCAUUAUCUUGCACAGCUUUUUCACCGUGCCGGUCUACCGCCUGGAGUGCUCAACGUCAUUCAAGCACGGCGCGAAGAUGGUGCAGCCGUGUGCGAGGCGCUCAUUUCGCAUCGCCAUAUACGGAAGAUUGAGUUCAUAGGAUCCUCUGGAGUAGGCCGCCGACUCGGAGCCCUUGCUGGACAGCAUUUGAAGCCGAUCUUGAUGGAGCGUGGGGGCAAGGCAGCGGCACUAGUCCUGGACGACGCAGACCUAGAACUCGCUGCCCAAGGAUGCGUGUGUGGAGGAUAUACCCAUAGUGGGCAGACAUGUUUUUCCACUGAGCGCGUGAUAGUGCAUUCGGCUGUGGUGGAGAAAUUCAUACCGAUACUAACUAAAUGUGGAGUGAACUUUCCCAUACCCUGGGCCGUCUCAACAACUGGCGCAGAAAGCACUUUGAGGUUGGUACAGGAUGCAGUGAGCAAAGGUGCGCAGGUUCUGUAUGGGGAAGUGAAACUCCUGGAACCCGCUAGGCUGCAGCCUGUCGUGUUGAAGGGACUAAAGCCGGACAUGGAAAUUUACGACAACGAGUCGUUUGGUCCUGUGCUUGCCGUCUUCACUGUGGAUACUGAUGAAGAGGCAGUCGAGUUGGCAAAUAGCUCACAGUACGGGCUUAGUGCUGGGGUUUACAGCAAGGAUAUCGGCCGCGCUCUUCAGGUCGCCAACCGUAUUGAGGCUGGGCAGACGCAUAUCAACUUCCCCUUGGGAACCGGUACAGAUGAAGCCACUCUCCCUAUUGGUCUGUCCAAGUCUAGCGGCUGGGGAAGGCAGAAUGGGAGCGAGGGUCUAGAGCAGUUUCUCGAGCUCAGAACUGUGCUUCUCACGAAUCCCGCCGAGUUCAGUUCUGGUAUGGCGGACAGUGCUAUUUGA